AUAUACAGUCACUACAGUCACAAUGGCUCUAGAUAGAAGUACAUCAAAAGUCGUAACUUCUGUUUCGGGACAACCUACAACAGCGCUAGUGACAAUUGAUACAAGUGAACCAACAGAUAUUGCCAGGACUACUGAUCAACAUGCUCCAACAACAGUGCCUGCAAAUCCUGACACCAGUGAGGCGGUCCUAGUAACAGAAACUGUUGAUCCAAGUGAUCCAAACGCGCCAACAGUAACACAAGAAACUCUUGAUCCAAGCGCACCAACAGCAACACAAGAAACCCCUGAUCCAAACGCACCAACAGUAACACAAGAAACUCCUGAUCCAAGUGCACCAACAGCAGCACAAGAAACUCCUGAUCCAAGUGCAUCCACAUCAGCAUCAGAAACCCCUGAUCCAAGUGCACCAACAGUAAUACAAGAAACUCCUGAUCCAAGUGCAUCAACGAUGACUACUAGAUGGGAAAAGGUGUCUACUGAAGCGAAAGACACAACCAUAAGCCCUUCUGAGGAGCCGAUCUCGGCUGGUGCUCUCGCAGGAAUCAUCAUAGGAUCAUUAGUAGGAGCUGCUGCCAUCGCAGGAGGUGUUGGAUACGCUUUGUAUCAUGGCAAAUAUAUGAAAGGUGGGGCCACAGUUAAUCCGAGCGAUCAGGGGAAUCGUCAUAUUAACAUGGUGGGUAUGGAGGAAGCUGCUAAUGCAGGAGACAAUUAUAACCUGAUUGGCGAGAAUUCCGGGAAGUGACCUUGAUAGCAACAUUCGUCUGAUUUGGAGCUCAAAAUGGUGUUAACGCUCUUCAGACUUAUAUCGCGGUCACGCGGUGGUUUGUUCGUCUGCCAGUGUUUAUGUCGUUAAUUGUUGCACUAGGAUCAUUGACAUGUUAAUAGUGUGUAAAAGUAAAAAAAAAAUAAUAACCUUGUCCAUCCUUAUCAUUUACAAAUAUGUGUUUCUUAAGCUAAGUUAAGUAAAGGUAUGUGAUAAAGCUGUAAGCUAUAAUAUGUCUGAUUAAUUUCAAAUCUGUCAUGAUAUAAUGUAAGAAAUUAGUAAUGUAUACACACAUCAAUAAUUUGAUAUCGUACCCUCCUGUUGCCAAUUUGUUGUUAUUAUAUUGAGACGAUUUAUAUUAAAGGUAGAUCUUUAUUUCAUACAUAAAAAGUUAUCAAAUAUGUUAUUGUCUGGCAAAUUGAUUGUGUUUUUAAGGUAUACCCUGUGUACAUAUUUAUUUGAGUUACAAGGAGGUUACUUGUAUUGUUUCAAAAUUGUUUGAUAUUUCUUUUAAAGUAGCAUGAUGAUGAUAAGGAUUUGUGAUGUGUAAACCAUGUGCUAAAUUCGAGUCGCAAAUAUAUUUGAUUAUUUGAUGUUUCGUUAUUGAUGAAGAUACAGGCUUCUUUUGUUCAAUCGGGUCUUCGCGUCGGGACCGUUAGUCGGGCUAAACUAUAUUUUGUGAAAACAGGCCCCUGUUCUUCACGAAAUGGUGGGUAAACUAAAUGCAAAUAAUCACGGAUGGUCCUUGAGAUAAAGAUAACUAUUUUUACAUGUACAUUAUUACUAGAAUAUAACAACGAAUAUUAGCGGCUAAAGUAGUAAAUUCUGAUUGGUUUCCGAACAAAAUUAAACAGCAACAAACAAAAAUGUGAAAACUUGUCUAUACAAUAACGUUGUUGUUGCUGCUGUUUUUUAAAAUAGUAUUUAGGCGUCUGUCAUUUGGUUGUAAAUAUUUACGCCCAUCGUAUGAAGUGUAAACUCUUUAUAUUUUUAUACAAUAAUGAGAGCAAAGAAAAACGAAAGAUCAACCAAUUGCAAUGAUGAGAGGCUUG